AUGGGCUUCACGAAUGAAAAAGAGUUACUAUCGGUGGUCAAUGAAGUGCUUGACAAUGUACUCAAACAUGAACGGAUUGAAUAUGUGAAUUUGGGUGGAGUGGAAUGUCGUAUUGAGCGUCACUCGACUCAAUCUUUCCUUGGCACAGAUCUCGACGAGUUUCUCAAAGAAUCUCAUCAUUGUGACGCUUUCCUUGAUCCAGAGGCUUUGCUUGAAGAACCAAAUCAACGAACAAAAGCUUCAUUUGAGGUUAAACGGAAUUGGGCACAGAUCUGGCGGACAUUUGCGGCUCGUUUUGGGGCAUCGUUUGUGUCGCUUGGCGAAGGAGCUAUACCAAAGGAGACGGUUGUGAGGAAACCGAAUAUCAUUCCUCAUGUACGACCCGUUUGGUUGAUCAUUGUUUAUCAGGAAUUGGUCCUUGUGGUGAGCCCGUUCAAAUCUGCCACCUUUUCCUUUAGUCAAGUGCUAAAAUUUGCCCAUCGAAAUCUGGAUGUUCAAUCGGAGGAAAUUCACCUGGUUCUGUUGCAACUGAUCGAAUGCCUUCAUCAACUAUCAAAGCGAGGCAUCUUUCCAGUUUACAGUAGUUCGCUAUUUGAGUGUGAUAAUGUGAUUUGGUUGGAGUGUGAUGCAGUCAGAGCAUUGAAGACGAUGAGAGUUGAAGGGAUUGUGAAAGAAGAAAAGACACUCGAUCAAGUCACCGAAAUGUGGAGAAGUAGACAGAUAUCGAAUUUUGAGUACAUCAUUCAAAUAAAUGAGUUCGCAGGACGAAAAAAAGGAGAGAUUCACAAUCAUCCGAUCGUUCCAUGGGUUGUCGAUUUCACUUCAGAGACUGAUGGAUGGAGGCCAUUGGAGAGAACCAAAUAUCGACUUCAAAAAGGAGAUCAACAAUUAAAGGAAAUGUAUCAACGUGAACCGGCUCAUCAUAUCCCUGAAUUAUUGUCCGAAUUGAGUUAUAUGGUUUAUCGAGCUCGAAUCGAACCGAAAGAGCGCUUGUGUAAAUAUGUUCGAGCGAAAUGGGAACCUCGAGAAUAUCCAUCGAGUGUUAGACGAAUGUUCGAAUUGGCGCCCGAUGAGUGUAUUCCAGAGCUAUAUGAAGAUCCAAAGUUAUUAGUUUCCGUUCAUCCGGAUAUGCCGGACAUUGAACUGCCUCAAUUUGCCAAUAAACCUGAAAAAUUUAUAAAAUGGCAUCGAGAGAAGUUCGAAUCCGAGGAAGUCUCAGCUAAAUUGAAUGAAUGGAUUGAUCUCACCUUUGGUUACAAGCUACAAGGUGAAGAAGCAGUGAAAGCUUUGAAUGUGCACUUAUGCUAUGCAGAACAAGAUCGAAAAGUGAUUGAUCAUGGAGUUGUCCAGCUAUUUCAAAGACCUCAUCCAAAAAGAUUACUGGCAACAAACAAAACGAAAAACUUUGUUGGACUUGAUUCGAAAUUUGAAGCUCAUCUUGCGGACAAAACCGUACCAUCAAAGAGCCCAUCACAAGAUUGUCCAUCGUUAGUAGACAAUUUCAAAAAGCUUCUUGGAAAUCAGGAAACACUCCAAAAAUAUCGUUCCAUUUCGCUGAAAUCAAUUCUGAUUACAAUGAUCGAGAUCUCUUUACCAUCGGAAUGCAAUAACUUUCUUCCAUCAGCUUCUUUUGAAGCAAGACGGCAAAGGGCGUUGGCUCUUGUUUCUCAAUUCACAUUCAAACUACCAAGACAUCUACGUGAAAGCACUCGCUGGAUUGUGCAUUAUCUUUCGGAAAAGCAUCAGCUACCAAACUUUCAUGAUUUUCACACCUCUUUUCCACUGGAAUUUCAUGUUCCACCGGAAGUGCUUCUUUUUCAUGACCAUUUAGCAUCAUUUUAUGGUUUUCAUCUCAUCAGAAAGUAUUCCUUUGUAACAGUUGAUGAGAAAAGACAUGCAAGUGCUUUACAUGGUGAAGUUGAAAGUCUAAGGGGAUGUUUAUUGGAAUCCAGUGGAUCACAGCAAAGAGAGGCUCGUCUCGCUCUUCUCGUUGCUCGCCUUCUCAAUGAUCCCCGAGCGUCAAUUGCUGCCGUUUCAAGACUUUUCCCGACUGUCUGCAAGACUUUUUCGAAAAGUUCGAUCGAUUUGUUGUUUCAACCUGUUAAAGCUCUUUUGCACAAUGAGAGUACUGUAAAACUUUUGGAUCGUCGUUUCCUUCUUCAGGUUUCAAUAGCCUAUGGUGCUCGACAGUUUCUAGAAGAAAUAGCUCCAACAUUGAUAGAAGCUGUCGCAAGUAAAGUACAAGAUCGAUCGAUUGUAGCAAAGGAGAGCAUUGUUUGGCUUGCUAAGAGAUAUGGGCCAGUGGUGUGCGCUCGUUUCAUUUCGUCAAAUCUUUUGCGAAUUUUAGCCACCUGUUACACAAAUCUCGAAGUUAUCGCAACUUUUUUGGAUCAUAAAGAUGCUUUCAAUCAACCCCUCGAAGGAGAUACAACUGGGAUUCGUGUCGAGCACUGUCUUUCCGAGAUUGCCGCAUCUUAUAGCUCAACAUUUAUAACCGUUCAAUACAUUCCCUUUUGUGCCGAUCUAAUCGAUCAAGUGCUUCGUCGAGGUCCUCAACAACUUGAACCAGCUCUCGUUUCUAUACUUAGAAUUGCUCGGGUUUCAAUGCGAGCUUUAAGUGAUGCACAACUGAUGAACUAUCUAGAGGAUAUGAUAAUUGGAAAGAUCAUCUCGAGAAUAUCAAAGAUGGUUUGCUCAGAGAAUACUUCUUUCACUAGUAUCUCCGUUCGACGAGUGCUCGCGUCAAAGAUUUUGGCGUUUUUACUGGAGCUUUCUCGGAGAGUUGGAGCUGAAAAUGUGCGCAUGUAUGCAAAGCAACCAUUUGAGACGUUCUUUGAGUCGUUUGUUCUCCUUUACGAAGCAAAUGAAGAGCUUAUAAUGUAUCCUAAAGUCACGGCAAAUCCGACGCUUCUCGAGUCUUUUCCACUAUGGUUCGUGGAUUCGGUGGUGGUGUGUUUCUGCGAGGAAUGGGGUGUGCCAAUGCUUUCUUCAUUUUGCUCAGAACCGGCUUUCCUUGUCCCAUUUGUGUCAGCACAAAGUUCCUCAUCACCAAGUCAUUGCAGUAUGACAGGAGUUUCAUUAGGAAAUCGCCUUUUCUCACUUUCAUCUCCUUGUAACUCAGCUUCAUAUUCGAUACUUGGUGGCUCUGGAUGCUUUGAUUCUGGAGGUUCUUUGAGUCAGUUGUGGUGUGCGAGAGUGUCAGCGGCUGUUUGUGGAAAUGGAGCAAGACAAUCUCCUCGAUUCGAUCAAAUCACUUUAUGUUCCUUCUCAGGACAUUCAGGGACAAUUCGGCGAAUCGAGCCUCUUUCCAAUGAAAACUCAUUUGUGUCAGCGUCUAGCGAUAAAACGGUGAAACUCUGGUCGAUCCGACACGAUCAAGAGACAUCGCAAUGUCAAUGGACGUACAAAGGACAUUCAAACUCGGUACGAGAUGUGCGACUUCUUGAUAGUGGGCUUAUUGCAUCGACGGAUGGAUGCUUACACGUUUGGGAUCCGUUUCGUGGUGCCGUUCAUUCACAGCUUGAUUGGGGAUCUGAUGGAAUGAUUCACUGUAUGGAUACAUUAGAUAGGCACACUCUUGUCGCAGCCAGUUCACUGCAUUCAAGCGUCAAAAUCCACGAUACUCGAGCAGCCGAUUGGAUUUCCGAGUUACGCGUUUCACCGCUAAAUGGAGUUGUUCGUUCAUUGUCAAUACGUGGCAAUCGAAUGGCUAUUUCGUUAUCAAAUGGAACAGUAGCAGUCGUGGAUCCAAGAACCGGCCGGAUUGGAUCCCUUUCACAUGGAAAUCACACUCAUGCAAAUGGGAUAGCUUGGCUAUCACCGACCGCUUUUAUCGUUUCGGAUAGUGAUGAAGAAGCUGUUGUAUUUGAUGCGUCUCCAAAGAUUGAGAGAUGUUGGAGUACACCUGAUCUAGUCCAAUGCAUUGCUUCGGAUGGCGAUUUAUUGGUGACUGUUCAACAAGCAAACACUUUCCGUUUAUAUUCCGGACAAGAGAUGGCACUUUCAGCUAAAAUUAAAAAUGAUGUCAUUCCGGGACAAGUGACCGCUCUCGCGUAUUUAUCUCUCAACAACAAUUUCAUUCUUGGAUCGAAUUCGGGCACGAUUCGUCUCCUUUGU